CGUCGUUAUCGAUUUUAUUCUUAUAUUGUCAAAAUCACGGAGCAUUGCUUUCGAUUUUGCAGACGCAGGUGAAAGACAAUGAUCAUCCAUGAAAGCCAAUCAAUCGAGGUGCAUGUUUAUACUCUUACAUUGCAUAUAAAAAGAUUUUGAAAUCGAAAAGAGCCUUCAGUCGAUCGCGCAGAUCGUCCCAGGAAGUUAUACAUCAUCGUAAAAUUCUGAAGUAUGAAGUUCUUGAAAUAUUAUCUUCUUUGCCUCUUUGCAAUGAGAAUGGAAUCAAAACCGCAAUUGACAAAAUUAUUCCCAGCAGAGGGAUUGACAGCAUAUUAUAAACAAUUAGGCAACACCACAAAAUCAUUGGAUAAGUUUUGGGAAAAAUUACGUAUAACGUAUAAUUUCGUUUUUCAUCCUGAUAAUACUAAUAACAUAGAAAAGAUACUAUCAAAGAAUAUAACGGAAACUAAUUUGCCAACAUUGAAAGUAAUCUGGGCCGAUAUGCUAAAAGCAGAUAACUAUACAAAUUUUUAUAACUAUUCGAAUCUCAAAUAUCCUACCAAUAGCUUCCUGAAUUAUUUGAAAUCGCUGUCUACACUAAAGAAUCAGGACAGCAAAAUAAAUUUAACGAAUCUCGAAAAGAAUUCAUCUGUUGAAAUAGAAACAACAAUCAAAAGGAACGAAAAUAAUACGAAUUCUGAAGAAAAAAAUUCCAAUAAAACGAAGACAUUGGCCGACGAUGAUUGGUUCAAUAUCAUUCAAUCUUUAAGACAACUAGAGUUGCAAAAUAAAGAACUGGAUAAAAAAAAUAAUAUGAAAAUUAUGACACCAAAAAUGCUCCUUCAAUUUCCAACGAUGGUAGGUCAUCAUCUUGUCGAGUGGUUUGAAUCCAUUUUUAAUCAUACUUACAACAUAUACACAAAAUUAUCGGGUAUUUCUUGUGAUAACGUGAAACAUUAAAAAUAAAACAAGAGGAAAAUACCCUACAAAAUAUCCUAGAUUAGAAAGUAUAUCGUAUUAAACUAUUUCUGCAUUAGAUAAGCCUAGAUAUAUGCAACACCGAUAUCUAUAAUUUAUUCAAUAUAAAAAUCGCAUUUAAAUUCAAAAUGAAAUAUUAUAUUUAGCGCUAAACGUAUGUCAUGAUUGAAUAUUGAAUGAGAAUUUACGGUUGUUUUAGUAUGCUUAAUAUCAAAUAUAAAAAAUAAAAAGAGGGAAGAAAAAAAAAGGAAACGAGAAUAGCAUGGAAAAUGUUGUAUCUUUGUCAUAUUCCAUUCUUUGUUAUCGUAUAUUCCAUCAUAAAAAUAUAUAAAAUAAAUAAAAUUUAUAUCAUAUAUAUGAAAUUAAACACUUUAAACGCUCUAAAUUCUUUAUUAAUUCCCGAAUCAUAAGAGAAACGCAUAUAAAUGUACGAACAUGAAAUACUAUAUCGUUGUAGUUUUGAGUGCAGAGUUCUGAAAGUUUUUCAUGCAAAAUUUAAUAUACUAAUCUUUGCGCAGAUAAUCAUUUUGUUUGUAUGAUAUUGCGUAAGAUUAUAUAACGCUUUCUGCAAUACUCAACUAUAGAUCCUACGCAUAUUCGAUGCAUUCGUGAGAAAACAUAGAAAAAACAAGCUGCAAUCUUUUACGUUACACAUGUUUUAUUCAAAAAUAUUUCGAUCUAAAAAAUACAUAAUGUCACUUUUUUAAUUAUUUUCUUUGUUAUCACUAUACAAUAACAAUCGUCUUGUGAGAUAAAUGCAUUGUUUUGUAAACGCAUAUUUACUAUUUAAAACAGUCAAACACGAAUCCUGUAAAUGCACACUCACUGUUUAGAAGUUUGCAUCUUACAUUAUUUAAGUAAUGAGUAAUUACAUUAUUUAAUCGAUAAGAAAAUCAAAGCUAUUGCUUCAUCCUGAAAAUAAUAUUCUAUUGCUUUUUCUUUACGCAAAGAUUCUUUGUGUUCAAUACAUUUAUUAAGUUGUUAGGAUGGCUUACAAAGAAUUAAAAAAGAUGUCAAUGCAAAUGAUCUAGAAUAUUGCGAUUUGAUGUACGUAUGUGUGUAUAAAGUCUUUGGUUGUUACAUGA